AUGAGCCAGGACACAAAGGACACAAAUCUCGCGCUCAGUCUCUUUCUUGACGCUGUAAGGGACAUUCUCGUUGAUGAGAUUUGUGCCGCAUCAAGAGCAAACGGCCACCUCCCCGCCGUCAAACUCCAAAGUGGCUUUUGCCUGCUCUCGAGCCGGACUCCCAUAGAAUGGACGAGGAAUUGGGAAGCCGACAACGACGUGGGCACGAUAUACUGCGAAAUGCAACUGCACCUGAUGGCGACUCACAUUCUGAUUCAGCCAGUACCCAGGCGACUCAUCACCCUUACACCCCUUCGAGAAGCCUCGCUUGGCGCGGCCAUUCUCUUGUUGCCCCAGGGCAUUCCUGCCUUCUGCAUUGGCCAGCAAGGCGCCGAUGACCGGGUCGUGUGUGAAUUCCUAGACAGCCUAGGGCAAAAGGACAAUCAGGUCAUGAUCACAAACGACUUUAUUCGCUGCUAUAUCCCCGUGCGCAAUAUUAGCCAUCAGCAAGACGGUGGCAUCACGACAAUAUGGCCGCGUGACCUCGUCCUUGCAACUCCCCUCCGUCCACCUCUUCCAACGCUCCCUCACACGAACGUGCCAAUCCAGAAACCGCCUUCAACCCCACCACGGUUUCAACCCAAUGACCAUCUCGCCCUCGUGCUCACCUCGCUCAGUCUUCAUUCUAGUGUGGAUAUGUCUACACUCUCUACGGCCAUGGGAGCUUAUGUUGAAUCCAUCAUGAAAGAGCGCGAUAAGCCAAGGGUAGACCCCGCUCGCCUCCAUCCGCCCAAUGCUCAGGCAGAAGGCCUGGCGGCCAAUCCCAGCAACGACCCCCUCCUAGAAACCGCGCGUCCAUCGCAUACUAUGGCUCUUUCGCUCUCAUCUGGCCCCGCUGAGAGCUAUCCAUCCCCACUAGAGAUGCUCGUGGACAGAGUUCAGUCUAGCAUCCUACCCGAACUGGAUCUUUCCAGCACCCAUACAGAUACCGACCAGCACCUAUCGAGUUCGGCUGCAUUGGAGACGAAUUACGAGCCACCCAGGACCUCUGAAGACAUCCCUUCGUCAACGAAUCCUUUCACCAUGCCCCAGACCCUGGAGUCUUGGGACCCUUCUGGUGUGACUGCUCCCUUUGAUUUUGGCGGCGCAGUCACCACCUCCUAUGACCCGUUUGCCUCUGGAACAAUGUUUACGGAAGCCGACUUUAAUAUCUUUAGUAGUCAGCUACCAGAAACCUCUACAACAGACAUUGUCGACUCUGUCGGUAACAUUGUUUCGUCGGCAUUGGGGGAAGACGUCUUGAUGGCACUGAGCGACCAACCACAACCGGAGGACUUUGCAAAACUCGACGCAUCACUAAUCGACUGGAAUUUUGCCCAGGACACGGUACCAUUUGCCAUGCCCGCUGUCGAGGAAAUCCCGUCCGGUCUGGCUACAACGGCGCAAAUGUUCCAAACAAACUUGGAAAUUGAACCGUUUGGCGUAGAUUUGCCCAUGAUUACACCCUCCAAGACACCGGGUGCCUUGGAGGCGCCAAAUUCGAGUCACUCUAUCAAAUUUCAGCUCUCCCUCGACAGUCCAGCUCCUUUUACUGGUGAAAAGGACUAUGAGGUGGACGAAGACGCCGGAUUCCUCGCGGUUCAAUUCAGCAAAGCAAACAAUAUUGCAGACGAAAAGUAUUCCAGUGGGAAAUACUCUCUACCGAGCCCCCCGCCAGAUACAAAUGAUUCACGCUCGCCGAUACCAAAGUCCACGAAUCCCCAUGCUCGUCAGAAAAAGACUUUAAAUGCACUUGACGAUGCGGGACGUCCUUGGAAGUCUUCGACCACUCGUGAAGGAGACCUUAGAGCAAGGUACAUGGCUGCGACCCAACCCAAGCAGGCAAUGUUAGCCAAACUAUCGGGAACGAAGCGACCAUGGAGCCAGAAUCCGGCCGUUGAGCUGGGGUUCGAAACCAACUCAACGCAAUCCCCCCUAAAGAAGCGUCGGCUGACGUGGGGAACAGGUAACGAGGCUUGGAGACAUCCCACCCCUCCAGAAGACUAUUUAGACAGCAGAGAUGAUGGGGAUUCCAGCUUGGAUGGAGAUGAAUUCGGCGCAGACGAUGGGCAGGACGAUCCGUUCCAGACGGGUGACCCUUUGGCUCCUGUCCUCGACCUGAAGAGCGAUGCACAUGUCUGCACGCAAGAUCCUGUCAAGCUGCUUCAAGCGUCGUUCAACUGCGGGUGGCUAGCAGAUCACAACUUCGUUUUAUCGAGCGACCUCAUAUUGCCCACGUCCAAACUAUCCAUUUUUUCAAACGCACACACUCCAUCCUUCACCAUGCCCAUCUCUGUCCCAACUCCAGUCUCUCCAGACGCCAUCAACUCCCAUAGCGAGCCUUCUUCCAAACUGACUACCAAUAUUGCUCGUCACUUCGCCAAGGAAGCUGGAAAUAACACUCUAUGGUACUCUACAUCCAUUGCGAUGGCAGCAUUGACGUUGGAGCCCUCGAAUGACCGCAUUGCGAUUUGCCAAGCAGAGACCGUAGGUCUAGCCGAGGUCUUGAAGGCUGCUUCUAACCUCUCCUGGGGGAAAUCGAUUGCCGAAAUCGCUGAAGCGGACUAUGUGACCACGACAACUGAAACGGCGUCUCAAAUGGAUGUCGAUGCUAAUGCACCAUCUGUGAAUCACGUCAUGCGGCUAUACACGCCGAAGCUACUCGUCGGUCACGGCACUGGGGUGAUAGAAGCAUUGCCCGCCAUCUUGAGGUUCUGGGAUCACAUCAACAUGGUGCCGUUAAAUGGCCCCAAGGACGUCAAUGCUGUCGCAUUUGUUUCCGAUGCCGGAGGACCUGGCCUGGUGUCGUUGACAGACAGUUGGCUGAAGCAACUCAGCAAAAUCUAUGGCGCCCGUCGUUUAGGUACACAUGCGCCAAUGUCGUUUUCAAAGCAUCCAAAUGGGGUGAUCCCAAUUCAGUGGGAUGAUUUCCGAACGAUUUGCGGACGGUUUCUUGCGGCCAAGCUGGUCACCCCACUCGUCGUAUACGUGGUCGUUCCAAACUCGUUUGCCAACCUUCAGCAUCCAUCGGCCCUUGCCGUGCUUGGAGUCAUGGCUGAGGUGACAGAUUCGCUCGCUCAUGAGCCCCGACGACUCCUCUUCCGAUUAAUCCCGGAAGUGUUUGUUUCCCACCAGAAAACCCUCGCCCGCAACCUCAACUUCAGUCUGGACAAAGUGGCGCUUGCAGUUUAUGAUGCCAUUCCGCGAGUCAUCGAACGUCAGCAUAGCCGUAUCUCAUCCAAACUCUACGCUUCCAGAGAUAAACUCGACGCAUAUGCAUUCACGCUUGGCGCUCGCAAGCAGAUCAAAGCUACCCUGGUGGAGAGAUGGCCUCCACCGGCAGCCGACGUUUUUGAUAGGUACACCUUUAUGCACGUUGCCUAUGCAUCCUCGGUGGACGGUGAAUGGCUGACGGCGUCAGUCGUAACUGAACGGGGUGACAUGCAAGAAAACGCAGUAUGGAAGCUGGACGAUGUCGAUCCCUUCACAUCCAUCGCCAGACUCGUCCUCGACUUUACUCUCAGCACGGCGAAGCAGGCAGACAUUGACUGGAGAGUGACCAUUGGAAAGAGUGAUGCAAUGAGUGCUCCAGAGCUUGAUGCUUGGAAACUCGAAUUUGACUCCCGUUUCGGCCAAGGAGGGCAAUCCAUGCACAUCACACUCCUCUCGGUCACGAAAGAUGACUCACCGACUAUGCUCGACUCACCUCUGAUUGUGCACCUACCUAAUCAGGUCUCGCCACCAAGCCGGGAUAAAGAAGGAUCAGUGUUCCUCGACAUCUCCACUGACGCCUUCAUCCUCUUUCCUCGUCCCACCCAUUUGACCGUUUCGACUCACAGCCAGGUGACACGGUCAGACUUCUUGACUAUGGAGCAUGGCGCAGAGGAAGAUACACCAUCUUUCAUGAUCCCAGUGUCUACCUGUUGGCUGGUUCACAUCCUUCGUCAACCGGGCUGGACUACCCACCCUCAAGAUUCGACGUUAUCCGAUGUAGGUGGCUACAGGACAUCCAGCCUACAGAUCCACGCACUACAUCUCGUUCGAUAUGGAAAUAGUUCGUACUCCGGAGAAGCUCGUGGCCAUAUGAGAGACGUUGCCACCAACUUUUACGACCUCACGAUCCUCAACGACGCAAGACGGGGGGACAUUAGCCACGGCUACAAGCAACCGUUGCACUUUGCUGUAGCCGAGGCCAUGGCUUCGACCUUGUCAGGAAUCCAAAUAUAG